AUGGAGACUGUCGGCAAAUACAGCAAACAGCGCGGGUGGAUGGUUAUACAGCGUAGAAAAAAUGGAGAAGUAAACUUUGAUCGGGGCUGGAAUGAUUACCUUCACGGGUUUGGAUUUCCAAGCAAGGAAUAUUGGGUUGGCCUGUAUAAUUUAGACGCUUUACUGCAUCAGAAAAGAAUCGGAACGGUGGAAAAUAACUUGGCAUUACGAAUCGACUUAACAGAUUGGGAUGGUGCUCAUGCAUACACAGAAUGCAAUUCUUUUUAUAUAAAUCCAGAAAACGAUGAUUUUCGAAUAACUAGCAUUGGAACGUGCACAGGUACCCCUCAAAUUAGAUCACCAAUGGCAUAUAUUGUUGGAAAAACUUUCAGCACAUUUGACUACCACAGUAAUACUAUACGCUCUCCCGAAUGCUUGCGACUGCAAAGGGGUGGCUGGUGGUUUGGAAGUUGUAGACAUUCUAAUCUUAAUGGUGUUUAUGCGGCUAAAGAAGAACGAAUGACAGUGGACAAAAUUUAUGUUAAACACUGGAAAAAAGUAAAUUCAAACAAUACAUCUUUGCGUUACGUGACGAUGAAAUUACAAUAA